AUGAGGAAGAGUUUAGCAAUUACAGCCAUCUUAAGCUUUUGUGCAAAGGUAAUAUGUCAGUUUCAUGAAUGCCUCGAUGAUCCGGAGGAGAGUCCCGAGAGUGGACCGCUUAAUGAACCCAAGUUCUCUUGGCUGGGAGCCCUACAGUACAUACAUGUUAAAACAGGCGCCCCGCAUUACUUCAGGGUACCACGAGCGGUUCUCAUCAGUCGACAGUUCUGUCUGUGCACUGCUGUAGACGCAGCAGAAAUACCCAUUAACUACGCACUAGGAAACGUAGCUUUUGGCGAUUAUGAACGAGACGAGAUCGAGUGCGGUAUCACCCCUCAGCAAGCUAUAGACGGACAGGAAUGCGACUCCGCUAUUUUGGUAAUGCCAAUAGCAGAUGUAUUGAUUCAUCCUGAGUACAAGCACUUUAAGGCGAAAAAUAGCGUGGCACUGCUCAAACUGAUUAAACCAAUAAAAUCCGCGUACAUGUUACCAGCUUGCUUACCAUUCAAGAACUAUUUGAUUGAUAACACAGGAAAACAGACCAAGUCAAAAAUGAUUCAUAUCGACUUCACCACUGAUGUACCAAGAGACUUUUCAGAAGAAGAGAAAGAAAUUAAGAGAAUACUUCUACUGCCUAAAGAAAUUUGUUAUCUGUUUGAUCCCAAAUCUCCACAGAAUGAAACGUUGAUAACUCGGAACCGAAUGAUGUGUACCACUGGAUGUGGCUUCCAUUCCGGUGCACCCACACUCGUCCAUGAGCACACAGGCCAUUGGUCAAUAGUGUCACUUGCCACAGGAGGCUCCCAAUGCCCUGACCCUCUCCGUAAUCACCGCCCUCCAAAGCCCCCGCAACACAUCGUGAUAUUUCCUUAUGUACCAUGGAUUACUGCUGCCAUCACUGGUAAACCCAUUGGUGCCUUCGCCAAAGAUGAUCCCUUCGGAUACGUGAUGCCGCGUACUGAUAAUGAUUACGGCGGCUUUAAAGGCUUUGGGCACCACUGGUUGGGCCAUUGGUACAUGGGUGGGAUCCGGUGUUUCGACAGAGGAGUUAAAGCCGACGACAUGUUUAAGUUCUACCACGAGAUCUUCUCCAUUAAACCGAAGGAAGAUAGUUUUGCAUACACGUCAUAUUAUUUAGAGAUACAUGCAGAACCCUUAACUUCUAUUGUCUGCGUGAAGGUGGGCAUGCCGUAUCAAUUUACCAGUCCAAAAGUUUUGGACCUUAACAGACCAGCAUCUAGGGUCAUUAUUCCGUUGCUACUCAUCAAGAAUCAGUACCGGUUCCAGGUUGAAGCUUGGGGAUACAACUCCACCUCUUCGUCAGAAGACGAUACCUUAGAUUUUGAAUAUUCUAUGAAAUGA